GUAAUAUAAGAAUGUUAUUUUUUUCAGCAAUAAAAAUACUUCCAAUAAUAUAUAAAAAAAAAUGCCUAACGUAAUAGCACGUAUUGCGCGUUAUAUUACGCGUAGUAGAAAGCGUUCUGCGUCUCAUCAAUGCUCUUCUGCGUCUUCAACUAUUCAGAACAUUACAAGUUCACCUCGUAUUGAUUGUCAUCCUUCGCCCCAUUCCAUCCAACGGGAAAACCAACCAAAUAAGAACAAAUUGAAGAAGGAAAAAUCAGAGGCAGAAAAGGAAGAUUCUGUCGAUGCUAACGAAAAGCGAAUCAAAGAGCUGAAAAAGAUUCCAACGGUUUCUGAAAGUUCAUCACGAUCUGAAGAAGAGGCGAAAACUAAUAAGCAACAGAAGAACACUGUGACAUUCAAAAUAACUUCCGAUAUUUCACAAUCUGCUACGGUCAGAAAUCGCCGUGUCAUGCCGUGAGCUUCAUACAUGAACCAGAGCAACGUCCCUUCCAAACUCAGCAUUUGAAGUCAAUCUUGUUGAUGAUAGUAAUAUAUUUGAAUGGGAUGUACGACUACUAAAAGUUGACGAAACCUCUGAUUUAUGGAAAUCGAUGCAAGAUACCGGCACUGAAAGUAUCAAAUUUCGUCUCAGUUUCCCGAACUAUUUCCUUUUCAACCUCCCUUUCUGCGAUUAGUUGGUCCUUAUUUGGACAAUGGGUUAUAAUGGACGGAGGAGCGAUUUGUAUGGAAGUACUUACGUCCAAGGCUGGUCUAGUGCUUACACGAUCGAAUCUUUACUGGUGCACAGUGCGUCGUUUGACACAGGUGGAGCUGUUGUCAGUCGUCGUCAGAAACGUCGAUUGAAUCAGUUGUCGCAAAGACGCGCUGAAGUGGAGUUUCGUCGAAUUUG